AUGUUUAAUGAUGCGUUGUUAUCGAAAUGGCCGUGGAAGUUCGCGGCGGAGAGGGGAAGUUGGUGGCGGGAAUUGGUUAACUAUAAGUAUCUGAAUCAAGUCUCUUGUUGGCAGACUAGAAGGACAAGAGGAGGUUUUUCCAUGUCGGUGUGGGCGAACAUCAAUAAAGAGUAUGAUCAGUUCUGGAAAUUUGUUGUCAUUGAUCCGGGUCAUGGUACUCAAGUCUCCUUCUGGCAUGAUUGUUGGAUCCCUGGGACCGUGCUGGUUGCGUCGCUGCUGCUGUCCUUGACCCAGAAGUUCUACUUUCCGACACUACGAGAAUCAAUGAUGGAGAAAGAAUUGAACAGUGGUUCGAUGGCUGUAUCCGUCAUGCCAUUUGGGGUGGCUUUGUACACCUAG